AUGGCAUCCCCUAGAAAACUGAAGAAAUUUGGAGGAAAAGAGAACGCUACCCCGAAAUCGGUCUUCAAAGCAUGUAAUAUGCAGGGGAGUUCACAAAAAGCGUCUCCAAUGCUGAGAGUUCCAAGAAAAGACAGUCCUAAUGAUGCCAAAUGUGAGAGUCUGAGGAUUGAUUCAGGGGUAGUUUUGUCGCGGAGGAGGAGUUUAGGCCCGCUGUUUGAUCCAGAACUCGUGGCAUCAUUCGAGAAAGAGUUGUCCGAAGAGAAAGAGCAAAUCAAGAAGAUGGUUUCAGGAACGCCCACCGCGGUAAAGAAGAGGAAUUCCCAAGACUCGGUGUCUAUUCUCGAAAAUUUCGAGGAAAAAUGCCCCCCGGGUGGUGAAAAAGCGGUGGUCCUGUAUACGACCACGCUGAGGGGUAUAAGGAAGACAUUUGAGGAUUGCAACACAGCCAGAUCAGUGAUCGAGUCGCAUCAGGUUCAGAUGUUUGAGCGCGAUGUGUCGAUGCAUUCAGGAUUCAAGGAUGAGUUGAGGGGAUUAAUGGGCACAAAAGAAGUGAAAGUUCCCUUGGUUUUUGUCAAGGGAAGGUUGAUUGGUGGGGCUGACGAGAUAGUGAAGUUGGAGGAAGAUGGUAAGUUAGGUACUCUCUUCAGCGGGAUCCCGAAGGCAGUUGCUAUCUGCAAUGGGUGCGCAGGGGUCAGGUUUGUAAUGUGCAUAGAUUGCAAUGGUAGUUGCAAAGUGUUGGAUGAGAAAGGGAAGAAGACUGUCAAGUGCAAGGAGUGCAAUGAGAAUGGGUUGAUUCAAUGUCCAUUCUGCUCUUGA